CAGGGCUCCUUUUAUUCCGCCUUAACCAUCAUGUCUGCUGUCGACGAGCGAAUGACCUCUUUCAUCGUCGGAAACAACUACCAGCCUCUCGAUGUCAUUGGCGAAGGUGCUUACGGUGUCGUCUGGUCUGUUCGUCUCCCUCUACCUGUCUUGUUCACCAGCUCAGCUCUUUCAGCUCUGCCAUCCAUGUUCCUUCACAGCGCAAGGUCGCUAUCAAGCGUAUCACUCCCUUUGACCAUUCCAUGUUUUGUUUGAGGACCCUUAGGGAAAUAAAGCUUCUUCGACACUUCCAUCAUGAAAACAUCAUCUCCAUUCUCGAUAUCCUCCAACCACCCAAUAUCACACAGUUCAACGAGGUCUAUCUCGUUCAGGAACUUAUGGAGACCGAUUUGCAUAGGGUCAUCAGGACCCAAGAGUUAAGCGAUGAUCAUUGCCAGUAUUUUAUCUAUCAGACAUUAAGAGCUCUUAAGGCUCUCCACUCUGCAGAUGUCCUUCAUAGGGAUCUCAAACCCAGCAAUCUGUUGUUGAACGCCAAUUGUGAUUUAAAGUUAUGCGACUUCGGACUCGCAAGGAGCGCUACGCCACCUCCUGACGUCGCCGAUAGCAGUAGUACGUUCAUGACAGAGUAUGUUGCUACAAGGUGGUAUCGCGCCCCCGAGGUGAUGCUCACCUUCAAAGAAUAUACCAAAGCCAUCGAUAUGUGGUCCGUAGGAUGUGUGUUAGCUGAGAUGUUGAGUGGAAGACCUUUGUUCCCGGGGAGGGAUUAUCAUCACCAAUUAAGCAUCAUAUUGGAGGUGCUAGGGACACCGAGCCUUGAUGAUUUUUAUGCUAUCACUAGUCAGAGGAGUCGCGAGUAUAUCCGUGCACUCCCCUUCCGAAAAAAAAAGUCGUUCGCGACAAUGCCCGGUUUUGAGGGCAAAAAUCCGCUUGCGAUUGAUUUGAUGGAAAAAUGUUUGACGUUCAGUCCCAAGAGAAGAAUUGAGGUCGGGGAGGCAUUGAAGCAUCCAUAUCUCGCUCCCUACCACGAUCCUCAAGAUGAACCCACGGCUGAACCUAUAGAUCCUAAUUUCUUCCAUUUUGAUCACGGUGAUCCGUUGGGCAAAGAAGCAUUGAAAGAACUCAUUUACCGCGAGAUUACGAUGGGUAGUACAGGGGGAUACCCAGGCUUUCCGCUAGCUAACGCUGAUAGUGGUUAUAUGGAAAUAUGAUCGUCCGGUCGGAUUCGGAGGCUUUGGGAGGUUAUUGAUACACCGUUUCUGAUACCCGUUCUGCGUUGAAUUUCUAAUAAUCCGUUGAUACCUACCUUUCUCUCUCCGGUCGACCAAGUCUAAGGUCCCUUUAAUUAUUAUUUAUUGUGCUAGUCUUAUGAUUAUUUUUUUUGUAUGCCACACGUAUACGCGAUACCAUCCAUCAAUAUAGUGCGGGGAAAUCCCCUACAUGGAUC